GAUAGAGACCCAGAUGAACAAGUCAACACAGGAGCAGACGUCCAGGACCUACGCAGAGAUAGAGAAGACUCUGGACCAGAGUGAAGUGUCUGUAGCCCUGUCCUCAGUGCAGGAGGACGUAGACAGCCUCAGACUGGUGAGGAGGGUGGACUCUUCUCCCAGACCGCCCCCAGCCGUCUCAGAGGAAGACUUAUCAGUGGCCUCCCUCCUGGACAUUCCUUCCUGGGCGGAGCCUAUGGGCCACACCCACUCAGAGAGCAUGCAUGGGCUAUUGGAGGACCUGGAGAUCACAACGGAGCUGAGCCCCAACCCGUGGGAGGACACGGUAACAAGGGAGUCUGCCACCGCCAGCGAGCAAGUUUCAGCAGGAUCUUCCAUGGAGAAUCUGUCGGAACCCAAACAUGUAUUAGCUUUGGACCAGCCAUCUACUAAUAGACCUAUCUCAAACAAAACACUCAUGUCUGAAACCCAAUCUGUAACUCCAGAUCUCCAGAUUCCAAAUGCCUUUGUAUUCAGUCCGUUAUCCCCUGAAAUGACAAUGCCCCCCGAGAAGAUGAGGGUAUCGCCAGAAAGUCCAGAAAAACCAUUGAAUCUGAACAAGGAGUCCUCUUCUUCCAAAACCAGUCCAGUGUUACCAGACCUUUUCAGCCACAACGCCGAAGACAGCCAAGGUGAUGAAGCACAAUCGUCAGCGAGCAAUCUAGAAGCACCCCCGGAGUCAGGGGCGCCCACCCAGCUUGAUCAGCUGCUGUCGGAAUUUGAAGAAAUCAAACGGGAAUUCCGACCAGAAACUCUAGAACCACUGGACUCACCUCUUUCGGAAACCAGCGAAGGGGGUCUUGAAGAUCUACAACCUUAUGUUGAGUUUGAGGAACUCUUGCCAGAAUCCGACGGAUAUCCCACUGAGGGUGAGGAAGAGAUCUCUAGUCCAAGUCCCUCAUCCCCUAUUCAGAUCACAUGGGAGCCAGCUGAAAUAAGUGUAAUGGUCUCAGUGCCGACCGAUCUCUCCCUGUCCAAUGAAACUGAUCCGGAGGUAUUUGGGGUGACCGCAGAUCUAAUCAAGACCUUCCCAGAGCCUAGCCAAGUUACAGCUGAUCCGGUUUGCAGCCACUUGGAGUACCUGCAAACACACAGAGCAGACAAAUCAGAUCUCACCGGUUCCAUACCAUUGGAUAGCCCCACAGCUGCUACCAAAUCUGUCGGAACACCGGAAUCUCCAGAACCAUGCCAUAAAGUUCUAGAACUGUCAUCAGAAUCAAUUGUUCCGUCUCAAAAGUUCCAGUCACUCGAACAUGAGGAUGCUGCUCUUUUUACCGAACCUUCAACUGUAGAAGAACAUCGAAUCAGUCUCCCACGGCAGGACCUGGAGACAGUUGGUGAAGAAUAUGACAACUCCAAAGAAACAUCAAGCAUUCAAGCUGCAGUCAAAAAGGCAUCUAUUGAACAAAGCAAAGUAUUGUGCGAAUCUGGGGGAUUAAAGCCCAGCCAAUUGGUAGAUGAAACAUGCAUGAGCACUACCCCAGAAGUUGUGUCACAUUUAUGGGAUAGCACUCCCCCUGAAACCCUUGAAUACGAUGAGCAGUCGCACCACUCGCUCUCUGACGUGACUCCACAGACUCCAGAGACCGUCACCGUCUCCGGGCACUUCAGCUUCGAGGAGUUGAUCCCUUACCAGAGUCCUAGGUACCUCAACAUGCUCUCUGAAGAGCUCAAGCCAAAUACCAGUGAGCAACCAUCAGAGAAUCCAGUCACCCCCAUAGAGGAAGAGUUCAGUCCUCCAGUCACCCCUGUUGAGGUAAAGUCCCAUGUCUCCCGGCCCGGUCCAGUAGAUCCCAUGGCAGAGAUGGUGUCAGCCCAGCCUGAUCCAGUAGAACCCAGGGCAGAGAUGGUGUCAGCCCAGCCUGGUCCAGUAGAACCCAGGGCAGAGAUGGUAUCAGCCCAACCCGUUCCAGAGGUUACAGCAUCAGCCCAUGAUGAAGAGUUCUCCAUGGAGUUCAGCCUCCCUCCUGAGUAUGCUGAGGCAUCCUCCUCUAUCCACAAACCCAAUCCUCCGGCCUACGCAGAAAUCAUACGAGGCAGCACAACAAUGCACUUAUACGAAGACUCUGACCCGGAGACUUACUUUGACUGCAAACAUGGAGUCUCCGACUUCUCCGAGAUGGAACCUGACGAACUGAAGAAGAGGGAAAGUUCAGGGGUUGGCCAAACCCAAGGACAAGCUUCCCAUUCAGGAGCCCUGGGGAUAAAGUACCAGAAGCCGACGGCACUUCCGGUUUGCUCCGCAGUGCGCAAACACGAACGUGGAGUCCUGCUGUCCUCAGGGAGUGAGGAUUAUGACGACGCACCUUAUGAUGACAUCAAGGAAGAGAGCGAAGAGCUGGCCCAAUCUCCCGGCACACACAGAGACGACUCAGCCUUUUACCAGGCUCCUCAGGAGCUUCCUCCUCUCAGAUCAGCAGAUGAUGAUGACUCCCUGGACAGGCAGGGUGAGAUGACAGACAUCCCUCCCCAGACUGUGACAGAGGAGCACUACACAGAUCAACAUGGACACACGGUGGUCAGAAAGGUUACUCGUGAGGUGAACCGCCAGGUGAUGUCGAGUGAGGGGUCGCAGAGGGAGGAGGGGGGUGCCCCCCCGGGGGAGGAGGGAGACGGAUACUCCAGAGUGGUCGAGAGGAGGAGCCACAGAGAUCUCUCAGAGGUGACGUUUUCUGUGCGUGACUCUGACUCAGCGUGGGGUGAGGAGGAAUCAGCUGAAGGUCACGAGGUCAGCCGUGUGGAGCGGAACGCAGUGGUGGUGGUGGUGGAGGGGGAUUGGAGUUCAGACGCAGCACGGUGA